UCAGAUCCCAUAAAAAAGAGAGGAAAAGAUUGAAAAUUUAAAGGACGAACUAGAAAAAAUUGGUAGUAUAUUACUGUAGACGAAGGUUAUCGUCUAAAAUCGUCUGAAAGGCACUUUUUCCAAGCUUUGUCCGAAGCUCCGGACCACGUUCUUCCGAGAAUAUAGCUUAUAAGAAUUCCUGUGACAAUUUCUACUCGCAGUUCCAAAGAUUAAGGAUUUCUUAGAGUAAAAUAUUUUAAUCAUGUCUCAGCCCAACUGGGAAGCUGAUAAAAUGUUGGAUGUGUAUAUAUAUGAUUAUCUUAUGAAGAGGAACUUACAUGCUUCUGCAAAAGCAUUUCAAGCGGAAGGGAAAGUCUCUGUAGAUCCUGUCGCAAUUGAUGCACCCGGUGGCUUUCUUUUUGAAUGGUGGUCUGUCUUUUGGGACAUAUUUAUUGCUAGGACAAACCAGAAGCACUCAGAACCAGCUGCAUCAUACAUUGAGACACAAUUGGCAAAGGCUAGGGAGCAGCAGCAGCAGAAACCUCAGCAGCAGCAGAUGCAAAUGCAGCAGCUCUUGUUGCAAAGGCAGCAGCAGCAUCAACUGCAACAACAGCAGCAGCGAAGAGAUGGGAACCAGCUUCUAAAUGGCACUGCCAGUGGGCUUGUAAGCAGUGACCCCCCUCUUAUGAGGCAGAACCCUGCAACUGCAAAUGCCUUGCCAACAAAAAUGUAUGAGGAAAGACUCAAGCUUCCACUCCAGAGAGAUGCCUUGGAUGAUGGACCUAUGAAGCAAAGGUUGGGUGACAAUGUGGGACAGUUUCUGGACCCAAAUCAUGCCUCAAUGCUGAAGGCAGAUGCCACAGGUGGCCAACCUCCAGGGCAAACACUUCAUGGCACGCCUGGGGGUAUUUCUGGGAAUCUUCAGCAAAUUCAAAAUCGGAGUCAGCACCUUCCAGGGCCCAUGCAGGACGUAAAGAGUGAGAUGAAUUCAAUGAUGAACCCCAGAGCUACUGGACCAGAAGGAUCAUUGACUGGAGUUCAAGGAUCAAAUCAAGGCAGUAACAAUUUGACACUAAAAGGAUGGCCUUUGACGGGGUUGGAGCAACUUCGAUCUGGACUUCUUCCACAGCAGAAGUCUUUGAUGCAGUCUCAGCCUUUCAAUCAGCUUCAGCUACAGCAGCUGCUUCAGGCACAGAAAAACUUGGCAUCUUCAUCUGCUAAUGAUUUGGAAUUCAGAAGACAGAGAAUGCUUCUUAACAAUCGAAAUGUUGGCAUUGCUGCUGAUGACCAGUUAAAUUCUGUUGGUGAAAGAGUUUCUAAUAUUGGAUCCCCAGGGCGAGUUGGUUGCCCUGUGUUACAUCAUGCAGACACAGAAAUGCUACUUAAGUUACAGCAGCAACAAAUGAUGCACAACAGUCAGCAGCAACAACAUUAUGCACCACAUCCACUUUCUAGUCAACAGUCUCAGAAUUCAAACCACCAUCCCCGGCUGCAAGAUAAAAUGAACGGUGCUGGCAGCAUCACUGGAGAUGGUAGCAUUUCAAACAACUUUAAAGGAAAUGAUCAGGCUCCAAAAAGUCAACUUGGGCGAAAGAGAAAGCAGCCAGUAUCGUCUUCAGGCCCUGCCAAUAGCUCUGGAACUGCAAACACCGCAGGACCCUCCCCAAGUUCACCUUCAUCACCUUCCACUCACACACCGGGAGAUGUGAUGUCCAUGGCAACUUUGUCACAUAAUGGUGGUUCGUCCAAGUCUCUGCUUAUGUUUGGUUCUGAUGGCAUGGGCUCACUUACAUCUGUACCAAAUCGGUUGGCUGAUAUUGACCGUUUUGUGGAUGAUGGAUCUUUGGAAGAUAAUGUUGAGUCGUUCUUAUCUAAUGACGAUGCAGACCCUAGGGAUAGAGUUGGCCAGUGUUCUGAUGUCAGCAAAGGAUACGCAUUAACAGAAAUCCAGCUUAUUCCUGCAAGUACGGGUGAAGUUGAAUGCUGUCACUUCUCAUCAGAUGGAAAAUUGCUUGCUACUGGUGGGCACGAUAGAAAGGCUGUGUUGUGGUGUACAGAAUCCUUUGCAAUGAAGUCUUCACUUGAAGAACAUUCUCAAUGGAUAACUGAUGUUCGUUUCAGUGCAAGCAUAUUGCGGCUUGCUACAUCUUCAGCUGACAAAACUGUCAGGGUGUGGGACACUGAUAAUCCUGGGUAUUCUCUUCGUACUUUUACGGGGCAUUCUGCAGCUGUUAUGUCAUUGGACUUCCACCCUAGUAACGACGACUUUAUCUGCUCCUGUGAUGAUAGUGAGAUAAGGUAUUGGAGUGUCAAGAAUGGCAGUUGUACUGGCAUUUUCAAGGGGGGUGCAACCCAGGUGAGGUUCCAACCUCGUCUUGGAAGGCUUCUUGCUGCUGCCUCAGAAAAGUUUGUAUCUGUACUUGAUGUAGAGACCCAACUUUGCAGGCUUAAAUUACAGGGCCACAAAAACCCUGUCCAUUCUGUCUGCUGGGAUCCUUCUGGUGAAUAUCUGGCCUCUGUGAGUGAUGACCUGGUUAGGGUAUGGACAAUUGGCUCCGGUAACAAAGGGGAAUGCAUUCACGAGUUAAGCUGUACUGGCAACAAAUUCCAUACCUGUGUUUUCCACCCUACUUAUCAUUCCCUAUUGAUCAUCGGCUGUUAUGAGACUCUGGAACUGUGGAAUGCAAGCGAGAACAAAACGAUGACUUUACAACGUGCGCAUGACAAGCUAGUCUCUUCUUUAGCAGUAUCAAGUGUGACAGGUUUGGUAGCUUCAGCUAGUCAUGACAAGUGUGUGAAGCUCUGGAAGUGACUUAACGGUGACGAAACUAGGAUACCCUCUUCAUUACGUUUAACCAGAGAUACCUUAUCGAGAAGCACCUUCUCCAUUGUGUAUACUUUCUUUAGAUGCUUUUGUAGUUUAUAGUUUUGUUACAGUUCUGCUUAGCAACGAAAGAAUUAUUUCGAUCUUGACCGUAGUCCAAGUUAAUUGAAGGAAGUCAUCUUUUGCGUCAAAGCUAACUUUGUUAUGCAAGAAAUCUGGUUGGCAAUGUCCGAGAGAGUUUCGGCGUACACUCUGAGAAGAUGUAAAUGGUGUUUACGUAGUUUAUGUUAAUGAACUUCAGCCAUGUAAUAUCCUCUUUAUAAUUCGCCCUUUUGAAAGGCAUCACAUGCGAUUGGGCUCCUGAUUUUCUUA